AUGUCGCCGCGUCCUCUUCCACCUCCUAUAACGUUGAAUUCCAGUACUCUGGAUCUACUCAAUCAGAAUGGAAACGGUCGGGGUGGGAAUCCUAGUAGUAGUGUGCAGUCUCCUUCGGACUCUAGUCCUCGGAUUAAUCCUUCCGUGAGAGCUUUGACUCCACAAUCUCCUACUGUUGCUUCACCACGAGCAGCUUUCUAUCAGCAGAGUCCUGUGCAAUCGUCAGAUAUGUUGCUGCCGCCGUCGGGGCAGAAGAGGUUCCAGGAGUAUGUUGACAGUCUUACGUCCUCGAGGAGGUCUAGUUGGAGUGCAGAUCAUGGUGGUUCGACUUAUGGGCCCUUUGUUUCGCCGUUCGAUGAGUCUAGGGCCCCGUCUCGAGCUUGUUCUCCCGAUCCUAUGGAUGUUUUCAAUUCGCAAACAAUCAGUGAAAAGUACAAUAUUAUGUCUUCAGAUGGACUGUUAUUAUUCCCCGUCGAUAAGGAGGAUGAUGAUGCGCUUCACGAUCCCUCAGAGCAGGAUCCGGAUGAGUGCGAGAUAUGGACGAGGAGAGGAUUUGUUAAUGUUGGGGGGUUGGCGUUUAUUGUUUUGGGAUUGUUGUGUUUGUUUAUUGGAUACCCGAUUUUGACUUUUGUGCAAGAUGUUAUUAUAGAGCCCGAGAGCCCUUGUGAUGCUGGGGAGUUAUGUAUCGAUAUCGGCCCAAUAGACUUGUUAAAGAAUGUCCGCCGUUCAUUAAUUGAUCCGGAUACUCCUGAGAGUGCGAGAACGAAGAAGUCCGCGUCUGGGAAAGAAUAUAAGCUUGUGGUUAGUGCUGAGCUAAGCGGGAGAGGGAAAACGCGAGGGGAUGAAACUGAAAAAAAAAAAAUGGUAUAUGCUGCUACUGGUGAUUUGGAAUGGUAUGAUCCAGAUGCUAUCACUACCAAGGAUGGAUAUCUCGAGAUCGAAUUCGCCGCCUUUAGGAAUCACGAUUUGGAUUUUCGCUCGGGGAUGCUGCAGAGUUGGAAUAAGAUGUGUUUCAAGGGUGGGAUCAUUGAAGCAAGCCUUUCCCUUCCUGGGCGUGGCGAUGUUUCUGGUUUCUGGCCGGGUUUCUGGACUAUGGGUAACCUGGGUCGUCCGGGAUAUCUUGCUACGACUGAGGGAAUGUGGCCUUACACUUACCAUGACGAGUGCGAUGCUGGUAUCACGGCAAAUCAGUCAAGCCCUGAUGGUAUUAGUUUCCUUCCGGGGAUGAAGCUUCCUGCAUGUACUUGUGCCGGCGAGGAUCAUCCGAGCCCUGGAAAAUCUAGAUCUGCCCCUGAAAUAGAUGCCAUCGAAGCUACCGUUGGAGCCAUCGACAAGGAGGGCAAGACGCUUGUUGGCUUAGCUUCUCAGUCUGCUCAAGUUGCUCCCUUCGACCUGUGGUAUCAGCCAGAUUACGACCAUGUUGCCGUCUAUCACCCUGAGUUUACCGCCAUGAAUGCGUAUCGUGGUGGGUUCUUCCAGGAAGCCAUUUCUGGUAUUUCUAUUUUGAAUAACGACUGGUACGAUGGGAAGCAGUAUCAAACUUAUGGGUUUGAGUAUGAGCCGGGCAGCGAGGGGAUGAUUGAAUGGAAUAUCGGAGAUUUGAAGACAUGGAGGAUGAAUGCUGCUUCAACUGGGCCCAAUGGCAAUAUUGGGCAGCGGCCGAUCCCAAAUGAGCCCAUGUCUGUUAUUGUCAAUGUGGGAAUGGGAUCUUCGUUCGCUUACAUUGACUUUGCCGAGAUCAACAAGUUACUCCCGGCGAAAAUGAGGGUUGAUUGGGUUCGUAUUUGGCAGGAUGAAGAUUGCGAAGACUGCUCGGUUACUUGUGAUCCCCCAGGAUAUCCUACAACGAAUUAUAUCGAGGACCACCUCGAAGCGUUUAUGAACCCAAAUCUAACAAGUUGGGCCUCCACGAAGCACGAGUGGCCAAAGAACACAUUUGCGAAUCAAUGUGCAUGA